GACCCGCGUAUGCACAGAACACUUGCUGCGAUGCGCGGGCCCCGCCCCAGCGCGGCGAUACGGUCACGUGAUGCUGGCCCACGGCCGCCAUCUUUACGUCUUCGGAGGCGCCGCUGACAACACCUUACCUGGAGACUUGCACUGUUAUGACCUGGACACACAGAUGUGGUCGGUGGUGCUACCGUCAGCGGACUCGCAGCUGCCGACGGGGCGGCUGUUCCACGCGGGCGCGGUGGUGGGCGACGCCAUGUACAUCUUCGGCGGCACCGUGGACAACAACGUGCGGAGCGGCGAGCUGUUUCGCUUCCAGCUAUCGAAAUACCCUCGCUGCACAUUACACGACGACUUCGGGCGCAUCCUCAAGUCGCAGCAGUUUUGUGACGUCACGCUUCUAGUGGGACCCGACAAAGUUCCCGCGCGCGCGCACCAAGCCAUGCUCGCCGCGCGUUCGCAGUACCUACGAGCUAAGAUCAAGUAAGAACACAUCACAGCUACCCGAAAAUCUACCAAAUGGUAUUAGAUAGAAUGUCAUAUGGGUUAUCAGCCUGUCGAUCUCACAAAAACCGUGAAAGUGUGACAUCACAAGUCAAGGUUGCGGGCAUGCUCAUUGCUUAACACCAGCGUUAGUGG